AUGUUACCAGCUGUUCCAUCACACUAUUGUAGAAGUUCUACUAGUAAACAAUAUAUUAGCAGUGAUUUUAAUAGUUUAAAUCAUGUAUAUAGGUUUUAUGUUGAGCACUGUAAUAUGAAAAAUAUAUCUCCAGUUUCUAAUGCAGUAUUCAAAAAUAAGUGGAAUACAGAAUACAAUAUUUGUAUACAUGCCCCAAAGAAGGAUAAAUGUGCAUUUUGUGAAGGUUACAAAAAUAAGGACACUAAGACAGAUGAAGAUACACUACACUACGUCCUAAGAGUAGAUCUUGGAUCGCACGUUUCUUCACGAAUGUGGCUGUUAAAGGUACCCUCCCUAAAAUAUGGCGUGAAGCAAAAGUUGUAG